AUGAAUCUCGACGCUUUCGAUGACUCGGUCGUCAGCCUUGACGAUGAGUCCGAUGCCUACAGUCCAGAGGUAGUAAAACCCAAGGCAAAGGCUGCUCCAAAGGCUUCGAAGGCGAAGGCGACCAAACCUGCCGCCAAGAAACUGACACAGACCACCCUCACCGGCAAGAAGCGGCCAAAAGCCAUCGCCGACGAUGAUGAUUCAGACGACAACAUUUCGGGCCUGUCACACACCCCGCCCAGCACAAAGAAGCAGAAAAAGUCAGCACCAGCGUCUAAGAAGGUGGGCGGCGGCAAACCCCUGAAUGAGAUCGAAAAUGACAGCAUGCAGCUCGACUCUCCUGUAGCGGCCGCCCCCCCGAAGGCGGGAUCUAAGAAGACGGCGACCGAGACGUAUCAGAAGUUGACGCAGCUCGAACACAUCAUCAAGCGUCCCGACACAUAUAUUGGCUCGGUCGAGAUGACCGAGUCUCAAAUAUGGGUCUUCAACAAGGAGACUAAAGAAAUGGAGCUGCGCAAGAUCAAUUAUGUCCCUGGUCUGUACAAGAUUUUCGACGAAGUUCUCGUCAACGCCGCCGACAAUAAGCAGAGAGACGGGCCUGGGAUUGCGCCAAUGACGUACCUCAAGGUCACAGUCGACCGUUCUACUGGAGAGAUUAGCGUGGAGAAUAACGGAAAGGGCAUUCCUGUUGAGAUGCACGAGAAAGAGAAGAUGUACAUUCCCCACAUGAUUUUCGGCGAGCUUCUGACCGGUUCCAACUACGAUGACUUGGAGAAGAAGACGGUUGGUGGACGAAACGGUUUUGGUGCCAAGCUCUGUAACAUCUUCAGCAACCAAUUCAGCGUCGAAAUCCAGGAUAGUGAUAACGGGAAAAGAUAUAAGGAAACCUGGACCGACAACAUGAGCAAGUUCUCGAAGCCGAAGAUUACCUCGAGCAAAACGGCCAACUUCGUCCGAAUUACUUUCAGCCCCGACUUUGCUCGCUUUGGGAUGGAUGCAGGUAUUGAUGACGAUCUCGAGGCCCUCAUCUGCCGUCGCGUUUAUGACAUGGCCGGUACUCUAAAGGGUGUCAAGGUUUCCCUCAAUGGUGAGGUAAUCAAGUUGAAGGGAUUCAAGGGCUACUGCGAGCUGUACGCGCGAGCCAUCAGCCGUGAGCGUGUCGCUGAGGAGGGUGGUGAGGUCAAGACGACCGUCAUCACCGAUAGUGCGUCGAAUGGCCGCUGGGAGGUCGGAUUUGCCGUGUCAGACGGGUCCUUCCAGCAGAUCUCCUUCGUCAACAACAUCGCCACGACCUCUGGGGGAACUCACGUCAACUAUAUUACGGACCAGAUCACUGGUUACUUGCUCACCCAUUUGAACAAGAAGUCGAAGGGCCACGGUCUGAAGCAAAACCAUAUCCGAAAUCACCUCUUCAUCUUCAUCGCCAGUCUUAUCGACAAUCCCGCCUUUACCUCUCAGACGAAGGAACAGAUGACGACGAAAGUCAGUCAGUUCGGUAGUAGGUUCACCCUCUCUGAGGACUUUCUCAAGAAGGUCACCAAGUCCGACGCCAUCCAAAAGAUUAUGGACUUCGCCGAGAAGAAGGCGGACAAGAUGAUGGCCAAGAGCGACGGUAACAAGCGGUCCCGUAUCAACAAUGCCAAGCUUGUCGAUGCCAACUUGGCGGGAACCAAGAACGGCUACCAGUGCACUUUGAUCCUCACUGAGGGUGACUCGGCCAAGAGUUUGGCCAUCGCAGGACGAGCAAUUCUCGAUCCCGACCGUAUCGGAGUCUUCCCGCUCCGAGGAAAGAUGCUCAACGUUCGAGAUGCAUCGAUAGAUCAGAUUACCAAGAACCAGGAGAUUCAGAACAUCAAGCAGUUCCUCGGUUUGAAACAUAAACAUGUUUACACCGAUACCAAGGGGCUCCGUUACGGUCAUCUUAUGAUCAUGGCGGAUCAGGAUCACGACGGGAGUCACAUCAAGGGUCUUCUCAUCAACUUCCUUCAGGUUCAAUACCCCUCACUGCUCAAGAUUCCUGAGUUCUUCCGUGAGUUUAUCACUCCAAUCGUCAAGGUCUGGCAAGGAAGCAACCCGAAGAAGCCCACAAAACUCAAGUCUUUCUUCACUCAGCCCGAGUACGAGGCCUGGAAGGAAGCCCACCGUAAUGAGCUCUCUAGAUGGGAUUACAAGUACCUCAAGGGUUUGGGUACUUCCUCGAACGAGGAUGCCCAAGUUUACUUCACCAACCUCGACGCUCACUUGAAGGAGUUCGAGGUCAUGCAACCCGAGGAAGCCAACAUGCUCGACCUCGCCUUUUCCAAGAAGAAGGCCGAUGCUCGAAAGGAGUGGCUGGGUAACUUUGUGCCUGGCACCUAUCUCGACCAGUCGACCAAGACCAUUUCUUAUUCCGACUUUAUCAACAAGGAGCUGAUUCUGUUCAGCAUGGCUGACAAUAUCCGUUCUAUCCCCUCCGUCAUUGACGGCUUGAAGCCGGGUCAGCGAAAGGUCAUUUACGGCUGUUUCAAGCGAAAUGUUGUCAAGGAUCAGAAAGUCAACGAUCUCGCGGGUUUCAUCUCCAGUUUGACCUCGUACCAUCACGGUGACGUAUCUCUCCAACAGACCAUCGUCGGUCUCGCCCAAAAUUUUGUGGGCUCGAACAACGUCAACUGUCUUGAGCCCAGCGGAAACUUUGGUUCUCGUUUGGCCGGUGGUUCGGAUGCCGCCAGUGCUCGAUACAUUUACACGCGUCUCUCGCCUUUUGCCCGCAAGGUGUUCUCCGCGCUCGACGAGCCCAACCUCGACUACCAAUUCGAGGAUGGAAAGCGAAUCGAGCCCAAAGUCUACGCUCCGGUCGUGCCAAUGGUUCUUGUCAACGGUGCUGAUGGUAUCGGUACUGGUUGGAGCACUUCGAUCCCCAACUACCAUCCCAUGGACAUUGUCAACAAUCUCAAGCGACGCAUGGGCCGGCUUGAGGAAGGCGACGAUGAGGAAAAGCCCUUCGAGCACAUGAACCCUUGGUUCCGAGGCUGGAAGGGAACGAUUGAGCCCGCCGGGCCGGAUCGGUACAAGUUCAACGGUAUUGCCUAUCAAAAUGAUAAGACGCCCAAUGAGAUCAUCGUCACCGAAUUGCCCAUCCGCACUUGGACGGACGAUUUCAAGGCUCGUCUUGAAGAAGUUAUUAGCGGUGUAAAGGGCCCGUCGUGGAUCAAAGACUACAAGGAAUUCAACGAUCACAAGAAUGUGCAUUUCGAAAUCAUGUUGUCUGACGACAAGGCACGGGAAGCGGUCCUGAAGGAGGGCAUUGGCGAGCGCUUCAAGCUUACCAGGCAGAUUGCCACGUCCAAUCUCGUCGCAUUCAAUGUCAACGGCCAGAUUCACAAGUACGAAAAGGUUGAGGACAUCUUGGAAGAAUUUUACGUGUACCGACUGCAAAUGUACACGGAACGCAAGAAACACUGGCUCGGCGUGUACCACUCAGACUACCGCAAACUCAAGAACCAGGCCCGCUUCAUCCAAGAGAUCAUGGACACGAAGCUCGUCGUCAACCGAAAGAAGAAGGCCAGAAUUAUCGAGGAGCUCCGUGAAGCGGACUAUGAAGCGUUCCCGCCUAAGUCUCUUGAGGGCAAGAAGAAGUCUACGGACGAGGAACUUGGUCACGACGAGGAAGAGGGCGGUGUCGACGGCGCAGAAAAGGAGACAGAUCCUGGCGUGAGAGGCUACGACUACCUACUCUCGAUGCCCAUCUGGUCUUUCACGACCGAGCGCCUCGAGAAGCUCAAGGAGCAGAUUGCGAAGAAGAAGCAAGAGCAUGACGAUCUCCUUGCGCUUAGCGAGAAGGACCUAUGGUGCGCCGAUCUUGACGCCUUUGUUGAGGAAUGGGAGCGCCAGCUCCGUCUCGACGCUGAGAUCCAGACGUCGAUCAACAGGCUUGGCCGUCGUGCCUCGAAGAAGAUUGGUGCCGGGCGUGACCGUAAGGCUGCCGUCAAGGACGAUGAUGAUUAUGAUCCAGGAAAGAAGACCAAGGGCCGACCCAAGAGAGCUGCCGCCGCCGCCCCAGCGCCCAAGGUAGAGAAGUCCGCUCAUCGGUUCGCCGAGAUGUUCACGGCCAAGCCUGCGGUGAAACCCAAGGAAGAAGACGAUUCGGACGCGUAUAAAUCGGACGGCUUCUCGGACAAUGACUUUGCGGCACUGAGUAGAGGCAAGUCAAGUACGGCAGCGGUCAAGAAGUCAGAGUCCGUUGAGCCAUCGGAAGCUAGCGCCCCAUCAAGGUCUAAGCGCGCAGCUGCAGCUAAGCCCAAGACGUGGAUCGUCGACUCGGACUCUGACGAGGAGAACGGGGACAAGAUGCUGGGCGACUUCAGUGCCAUGGUCAAGGGGAUUAAGAAGCCCGAAGGGGCCAAUGGGGACACCGGCAACGGUAGGCUUAGCCUGUUUACCAUGUCGCGGCCCGAGAGCCAGGGAAGUUCGGCACUUCCCAAGAUGAAGUCGAAGCCGUCGAAGACGUUUGAUUUCGACGACUUUGACGAUACCAAUUACGAGAUGCUCGCCAAGUCAUCGCCGCGAAAGUCGAUCAAGGGUGACGACAUUGACGAUUUUUUGUCCGACGAUGACUUCCCACCUGCAAAGGCUGCCGCGGCCAAGCCAGCUCCCGCUCCCAAGCCAGUUGCCGUCGCUGCGGCUGCUUCUGCCGCGCCGAAGAAGCGUGGUCGUCCCGCCGGUUCCACGAACAAGAAGGACGACGCGAAGACUACCAAAGCCAAGCCGGCCGCUAAGAAGCAAACCACGCUUUCGCCGGCGGCCAAGGCUUACGCUGCCAAGAAGGCCACCAAGAAGCCAACGAUCUUCGACGACGAUGAUGACGACGAGGAUAUAGACGACGCUCCCGCCGCCAAGGUCGAUAGCUCGCCGGCGCCGGCGCCCAGACGGGGUCGCCCUGCGCGUGCGGCGGCGUCGAAGCCCAAGGCUAAGCCUAGGUAUGUGGUGUCGGAUGACGAAGAGGAGGAGGAUUCGUUUGGUGCUCAGGAGGAGGGUGAUGAUAGUGAUGACCCUUAUGGCAUGGAUGAUUCGGAUUAA